AUGAAAUUGGCCACUCAAGAAGAACUCGCAGGCCACCAUGCAGCCACCGUCCGUGGUGCCGUCGAGGGUGUCGUCGGCGGUCUCGCCCUCUCCGUCCCCGCAUCCAUGUGGAUGCACCGACGCUGGCCAGCUUACCGAGCCCUCCCCAUCCAGCUCAAAGUCAUGGGCGUCAUUUUCGUAGUCGCGCCACUCUAUGCUAUCCAGGCAGAGCGUCGCGGUGUCGAAUUUGACCAAUCCACUUGGACUGGCGCCGGCAAACUCGAGCUCGAUCGCCAGGAGAAGCAGGAAAUCUCUCGCUGGACCCAGCUGAAUAGCUCGGAGAAGCUCAAGGAUUGGGCGACGCGCCACCAGUACCAGAUCAUUCUUGGUAGCUGGGCAGCCAGCAUGGCUGUUGCUGGUGCCAUUGUCAUGCGCAACAGGCAUCAGACUGCGUCACAAAAGAUUGUUCAGGCCCGUAUGUGGGCCCAGGGUCUGACGAUUGGCGUCCUCAUCGGAGCCGGUAUCCUCACCCACUCGCAGCGCCAAGAGGCAGCAGAACACCGUCCCGUCGACCACACAUGGCAACAUAUGGUCGAGGAAUUCCAAGAAGAGGAAAAGCUCGAGCAACAAGCAAAGCUACGACACAUGCUCCCGUCUUCCCCAGCGUCGGCAUCGGCGUCAGCAUAG